CCAGCGCCUAAAACAGCUUGUUUAAAAUUGAAACAGUCACGCGCGAAUGAAUCCGAACAUCUACGAAGCUGACAGCGGUGGAAAUUGGUGUAAACCAGUUUUAACCGGUCUGGAGUUAGUAGAGCGUUUUUCAUCUUUAUCAAUCUCUUACGAACAUGGCCAAAACACCAGUUGAAAUUGCGAAGAAAUUUGUAGCUGUGCUAUUCGAAGCCAAGGCAGUGGCGGGAAAUUUAAAAUUUGUUAUUAAAGAACUCGCAAGGCAAUCGUUAAGAGGCAAAGUUAAACUUACAAUUUCGCUUAUACCUAACCUCACAUCAUCAACACAUUAUGCCUCCCAUUGCCAUGUCUGUCAAUGUGACACAACAACAUGGCCAACAACUACUUGAUUUUGGUCAGAAGUUGGAUAUAUCUUUGUUGGAUAGUGUGGUUGGUUGUUUAUACAACGGCGAAGGACAAUCACAAAGAAUUGCUGAGAAUAUAUUGACUGCACUGAAAGAACACCCGGAAUCAUGGACUAGGGUUGAUACUAUUUUAGAAUAUUCGCAGAAUCAACAAACCAAGUACUAUGCUCUACAAAUCUUGGAAAAUGUUAUAAAAACCAGAUGGAAAGUUUUACCAAGGAAUCAAUGUGAUGGAAUCAAGAAGUACAUUGUGGCUUUAAUAAUCAAGACUUCAUCAGAUGCCGCUCUCAGUGAAAAAGAAAAGACUUAUCUUGGCAAACUAAACAUGAUUCUAGUUCAGAUAUUGAAACAAGAUUGGCCCAAGAACUGGCCAACAUUUAUUAGCGACAUUGUUGGUGCAAGUCGUACAAAUGAAUCUCUGUGUCAAAAUAACAUGGUUAUUCUUAAACUACUCAGUGAAGAAGUUUUUGAUUUCUCACAAGAUCAGAUGACACAAGUAAAAGCAAAGCACUUAAAGGACAGCAUGUGUAAUGAGUUUUCUGAUAUAUUUCAGCUAUGUCAGUUUGUAAUGGAUAAUUCUCAAAAUGCACCACUGGUCAACGCUACACUCAGCACUCUACUUUGCUUUUUAAACUGGAUUCCUCUCGGCUACAUAUUUGAAACUGAACUAAUAACCCAACUAAUAUAUAAGUUUUUGAAUCUUCCCAUGUUUAGAAAUGUGACGCUAAAGUGCAUUACAGAAAUAGCUGGUGUAAGUGUUGCUGGUAAAUAUGAUGAACAAUUUGUCAAGCUGUUUUCGCACACAAUGCAACAACUGAAGCAGAUGUUACCACCAAAUAUAAACAUGAAGGUUGCGUAUGCAAAUGGUUCUGAUACUGAGCAGAACUUUAUUCAAAACCUUGCAUUGUUUCUGUGCACCUACCUCAAAGAGCACGGUCAGCUUGUGGAAAAACAAGACAUGCGACCACAUUUACUUGAUGCUCUUGGUUACCUUGUUCAUAUUUCUGAAGUGGAAGAAACUGAAAUUUUUAAAAUCUGUCUGGAAUAUUGGAAUUCUUUAUCUGCUGAAUUGUACAGGGAAAGUCCAUUUACAACAGGACCAGCCAUUACACUUGCCGCAUCGGAAAUUAGUGUCCCUACAAGAAGACAAAUAUAUUUACCAAUAUUAUCGAAAGUUAGGUUGGUCAUGAUAAGCAGAAUGGCAAAACCUGAAGAAGUGUUGGUUGUCGAGAAUGAACAAGGGGAAGUGGUUCGUGAGUUCAUGAAAGACACAGACUCCAUUAACCUUUACAAAAACAUGAGAGAAACAUUAGUAUAUCUCACUCAUUUGGAUUAUGUUGACACUGAGAGAAUCAUGACAGAAAAGCUUCAUAAUCAGGUGAAUGGGUCAGAGUGGUCGUGGAAGAACUUAAACACAUUAUGCUGGGCCAUUGGAAGCAUCAGUGGUGCCAUGCAUGAGGAGGAUGAAAAACGUUUUCUUGUUACUGUUAUUAGAGAUUUGCUUGGAUUGUGUGAGCAGAAGAGAGGGAAAGAUAACAAAGCGAUCAUCGCGUCAAACAUUAUGUACGUUGUCGGGCAGUAUCCUCGCUUCUUACGUGCUCAUUGGAGAUUUUUGAAAACUGUUGUUAACAAGUUGUUUGAGUUCAUGCAUGAAACUCAUGAUGGUGUACAAGACAUGGCGUGCGACACCUUUAUUAAGAUUGCACAGAAAUGUCGGCGACACUUUGUGCAAAUGCAAGCAGGAGAAGUGAUGCCGUUUAUUGAAGAAAUUUUAUCAAAUAUCAACACCAUCAUAUGUGAUUUACAACCACAACAAGUUCACACGUUUUACGAAGCUGUCGGUUUCAUGAUCAGUGCACAAACAGAUUCAGUCGUUCAGGAACACUUGAUUGAAAAAUACAUGUUACUGCCAAACCAGGUAUGGGACAGCAUUAUUCAGAAAGCUACCAAAGAUGUGGAUGUACUUAAGGAUCCCCCCACAGUAAAACAACUUGGCAGCAUCUUAAAAACAAAUGUUCGAGCUGGAAAAGCUGUUGGACACAGCUUUGUUCAACAGCUUGGUCGUAUAUACCUUGAUAUGCUGAACGUUUACAAAUGUUUAAGUGAAAACAUUUCAUCUGCAAUUCAACAAAAUGGUGAAGGUGUUAUGAAACAACCUCUUAUUAGAAGCAUGAGGACGGUUAAGAAGGAAACACUUAAGUUAAUAUCAGGAUGGGUUAGCAGAGCUACUGACCCAGAAAUGGUGGCAGAAAACUUUGUUCCACCAUUAUUAGAAGCUGUGUUGAUUGAUUACCGGACAAAUGUGCCCGCUGCUCGAGAACCUGAAGUCUUAAGCACCAUUGCCACUAUUGUUAAUAAACUUGAGGGUGCAAUAACAAAAGAAAUCGGUCAAAUCUUUGAUGCUGUCUUUGAAUGCACCCUUGAAAUGAUUAACAAAGAUUUUGAAGAAUUCCCUGAAUACAGAACUAACUUCUUCUUACUGUUGCAGGCUGUAAACAACCACUGCUUCCCUGCUUUACUCAGCAUACCUCAACCUCAGUUUAAACUUGUCCUUGACUCCAUUAUAUGGGCCUUCAAGCAUACUAUGAGAAAUGUGGCUCAUACAGGUUUGAGCAUUCUGUACCAGUUGCUGCAGAAUAUUACAUUGGUGGAUGAUGCAGCACAAAGUUUUUACCAAAUGUACUUUACUGAUAUUUUACAGCACGUUUUCAGUGUUGGCACUGACACCUCUCACACUGCAGGUUUGACGAUGCAUGCAUCCAUACUUGCCUACAUGUUUAGUUUAGUUGAACAGAAUAAGAUAACAGUGCCACUACACGCCAAUCAACCCAACAAUUUAGUAUUUGUGCAGGAAUAUGUGGCCAAUCUGCUGAAAACAGCAUUCCCCCACCUUCAAGAUGCCCAAAUAAAGUUAUUUGUACGAGGACUGUUCAGUCUGAACCACGAUAUUGCUUUGUUUAAAGACCAUCUACGAGACUUCCUUGUUCAGAUCAAGGAGUUUGCUGGGGAAGACACGACCGACUUGUUCUUGGAAGAAAGAGAGGCGACUCUUUCAAAGGCGCAAGAGGAAAAACGACGAGCGCAGAUGGCUGUACCUGGCAUUGUAAAUCCACAUGAAGUCAAUGAAGAAAUGCAGGACUGAGUUGACGACAAUGUAGUAAACUUGUGGUUGUAAUUAUUCCUGCUGGCCACCGGGGGUCAGACAGGACGGCUUGUGCUGUUUCACCAUUCGACGGGAUCACGACUUGAUUUUCGAACAUCCAGUAUCAACUUGUAUAAUAUGUUGUUUAAAUAAAAAUAGUGCUUAUCAAUAUAGGUUUACGCAUUAGUACAGAACACGACCAGGGUUUGCAACCAAUUGUGAUCCAGCAACUUGUACAUUUUCUUUUCAAACUUUUAUGUUUGUCGCUUGAUUCUCAAAUUAUUUUUGUUAGUUUUGGAAAACGGAAGCAAUAAACCAUUUGUUAAAAAGUCUCAA